GAGUCGCACGCAUGUCUGUCGACAUGUCUAUAAGGAAUUUGUUCGACACUGCUCAAUAUACGUACAUGCAUGGUGAAUUUAUACAGGAAGACCACAUAGAAACAUGGGCGAUGAUCGUUAUUUGUUUGUUGGGACUUUUUUUACUUUUCUGCGCAUUCUUUCUAAUCCAUACAUGUUAUUUUGAAUGUUUCAAUGACCCACUGAGGAAAGAACCGGAAAUGCCGUUACCGUGCCACAACAAAAUACCUUUCGUAAUUCCCGCAAUCGUCAUAGAUGAGGUGUCUACAGGAACGACAAAAGAACCUGAAACGAGAGGCACUAACCAUAACGAACAUACUAAAGAGGAAGAUGAUCAUCACUGGUCAAAACUUUUCCCUCCAACGCAUGGUAUAGCAACGCAGUCGCAACCGGUACCGGAACCCGUACUAGUAGUGGAUUUGCAUCAGUUGACACGUGUUCUGUGUGACACUAAAGAUGGUCAGAAUUUCCACGUUAACAUUCGAAAUAUCAGCGACAGUACAACUCAUUAUAACAAACAGUUCACUAUCGUGGCAAAUGAAUAUCAAAUUCUAUACGAACUGAAUCGCGGGAAUGUUUCAAUAUUGCAGAUACACGUAAAAAGUAAAGACUAUUGUGUAACCAUUGAAACGGAAGAUGAGUACAUCUCGAAGCUGUAAAGUUGUUUCAACACUCCGCUAUAUACACUAUUCGAAAUACUGUCAAAAACGUAGUUGGCAAUUAACAGUACGUAGCAGCAAUUAAUUCACCGCACAUGCGCAUUUGCAAUCAAUUUUGUCAUGAAACUAGUAAUAU